CGGUCGGCGGCAGGCGCUGACUUCUUCGUUGGCAGUCGAGCUCAUUGGAUGUGUUUUCAAGUUUCGGAGCAAAAGCUGUGCUUUUUUUUGAGUGGCAUUCCGGUUUCUUCUUUCUGUGUCUCUCACUCACUAUUGGGGUGUGUUGUGUUCCUUUUUCUUGCAUGAGAGAUUGCUGUGUUUGGGGCUAUCGCGCUACAUUUAGCAGCAACAGCAGCAGCAGUGAAAGGAGCACUUGGUGGAGCAGGAAGUGAAGAGAGUGGGUCGGUGGUGUAGGCAGGCAGGAAGAACCUCGGUGUCGCACGAUAUUACGCAGUAUUUGUUCGCGAUCUUUCCAAGCUAAAAGGUGAACAUUUAGAUAGUGUGUCCUGCAAGGUUUUUACUCCGGUGAAGAUAAGGUGCAUUUGAUGGUGUAUUUUUAACUUUGAAGGUGAUAUUGGACACAUAGUUGGCGUUGCAACAGAUAGAACUUGCUGGAACAACCUGCAGCUGGUCUGCGCCGUUCAAGGCCGGAGGACAUUUUGUUUUUCAGUGAAAAAAGUGAGAUAAAAAGACUGACAUUGUUUUAAGAUUUGACCAUAGUGAAUAAAAAGCUUGAUAUUGCGUGGGUUUUCGCUGAGUGAAGAAAGGACAAAUAUUAUUCAAUCAAGUUAGAGCCGGCAUCUUCUGAAAAUAGCCCCACAGACAGCGGCGUGUCUGUUUGUGUGCGUGUCCCUUCGUUCCAUCCGGUGUGUGCGUGAGCUCAAGUGCUGCAACAGCAGCAGCGAUGGAGUUCGAGAAGCAAUUGAACGGGGAUUGCAAGGGCCAUAAUGGUGUCCCGCUGACCAAUGGACACCAUAAGAGUCCGGUUGGGAGCCCGAAGGCACUCGCGAAUGGGUCCGCUUUUGAUGGGCUUAUGAAAAAACCGACUGCCAUACUGGAUGACACAAAACAGAAGAGAAGAACCCGCAAAUUGUCCCGUUCGAACAGCAAAGAUGGAGUGCUUGGUGUCGCCGGUACACCCAACUUUGUUGCCCCACACCGGAGGUGGAAAAACAGCCGCCGACCACGCAACGGUGUGGGCCGUGGUUUGCCCAAGAAGAACGGAGGCGGUGGCAAGGGUGUCUGGGGCAAGCUGGGCUCGGAAAUCUACGAGGAGCUGGACGAGGAGGAUCAGAACGAUCCGAACUUCGAUCUGGACUCGUACAACAGCCAGCGCAAUAUCGAGCUGAAGGAAGUCAUUCCCGAGUUGACUGAUGAGGAAUUCACCCGGAAGGUUGAACCAAUCAUCUUGGAGUAUUUUGAGCAUGGGGACACCACCGAGGUGGCCGCUAGUCUGGACGAGAUCAUGAGAGCCGCGAAGCGGCCACUGGUGACCAAGAUCGCCGUGGAGAUUGCUUUCGAGCAUAAGCAAUCCCAGCGGGAGAUGACAUCCGUACUGAUCUCGGAUCUGUACGGGAAGGUGAUUGGCCGUUCGGACAUUACGAAGGGAUUGGAUUUGGUUCUGGAGAACCUGCCGGAUCUGAUGCUGGAUACGCCGGAGGCACCCCAGCUGCUGGCGAAUUUUAUCGCCCGUGCUGUCGCCGACGACUGUAUUGCACCGGUGUACACAAUACUGGAGAAGAGGGCGGACAAAAGCGAGCUUAGUCAGCCCGCUCUCGAUGUCAUCAGCCGGGCUCAUGCACUACUGAAUGUGCAGCCCGGCUGGAGCUUCCUGGAUGACGUAUGGGGCGUCGGAGGUGGCCUUCGGCCGGUGACCAAUCUCACCCAUACUAUGGAGGUGAUGCUGAAGGAGUACCUCGUAUCGAGGGAUCUCGAGGAUUUGCAGCGCUCGAUCAAGGAGCUGGAGGUGCCGCAUUUCCACCAUGAACUGAUUUAUGAGGCCAUCGUGAUGAUGCUGGAAGCUUUUAGCGAUUCCUGCGAGGAGGCCAUGUGUACGCUGUUCAAAUCGCUGGACGAUGCUUGCAUCGUCAGUCCGGAACAGAUGGAGCAAGGCUUCCGGAGGGUGUAUGACGAUCUUUCCGACAUCGUGUUGGAUAUUCCGCUUGCCUAUUCCAUUAUCGAUAGGUUCGUGCAGCGCUGCCAGCGCGCCAAUUUCCUGAGCCCGGCGGUCAUUAGAGAUGUGCCUUCAAGAGGCCGCAAGCGUUUCGUGUCGGAGGGCGACGGUGGCCGUAUCAAACCGGUCACUUUGAUGGCAAACGAAAUCUAAAUCUGCUCUCGCGCAUAUAAAUCCAUUCGUCGGCGCGCGUCCGCUAAGCAAAACACAACAGCAGCAGCAAACCCACAAACGCAGCAUGCCUAGACAGAAAACGAACCAGCAAACACCACAACACAGCAUACUUUGUUUUUGGCACACACCUUGACUACUAUUUUUUUCGUCCUUUUAAUAUUUUCCAUCCAUACAAUACAACACACAUUCACACAUACAACGCGCUAUCAACAACGGGCGAUUGCAAAUAUAUAUUUUUUGUAAAUAUCGUUUGCAAAUCAAUAACACGAAGGCGGUGGAGUGCUGAACUGAUCCAGCAGCAGCAGCAGCAGCAGUAGAGCCAAAUAAACACAUCUUAUCACUUGAAAGGGGGAAAAAUGAGGAUACGAAUAUACAGAAGCAGCAGGCAGCAUAAGACAUAAUAAUUCCACACACCAGCUAUCAAUAGAUAACACACUGCAAAAUCUUCAUCCGAGCAUGGAUCACCGCAAGCGUGCCGCGCUUGUCAGCAAGCUUCAAUAUCUCAGCAACUAACCAAUUGUGAUAAUGGGAUUUGAUCAAGUUACUAAACUAGCAGAGCGCAAAGGCGGUGAAUUUCUGUCUCGGAUUAGCCAUCAGAAAUGUGCAAAACAAACAGCGCAGGGUAGGUAAGCAAAAAAAAAGCGCUACACUUUUCAUAUAAUGUCGCAUUGUAUUCCAUAUGUUGAGAGCUGCUCGUAUCCGUAUUCUAAACCGUUAAAGUGAAAAUAAAGGAUGUAACAAAACCAGAAAAAUUAUCAAUACUUGAAAAUUACACAGUAGCAAAAUAAGUAUUAUGGACAGGAAACAAACAAAACAAAAUAAUUACAUUGCUUUAAAUGAAGCGAAUUCGGAGCGAAAUUUUGUACGCUGCAAAAGGCUGAGCGAAUGAAUGACACGGUGGAGAAUAGCAUUUAGGUAUACGUUCUUCUUCUUGCGUUUACAAAAUUAUGAUCAACUGUUUGAUUCCUAGGUCCCCCUAUGCGCAGAGAGCUAACUGUAUAUUUUAAAAUUUGGAACGUUUUAUCUUUGCCAUUCGAGCUCUAAGCUCAUCAGUUACUAACCCUACCCUUUUUGGAUAAAAAAAAAUCCUUCCUUGCGCACACGAAUCAGUUAAAAUUCUCUGUACUAUCCUUCAAUGUUUCGCAAAGAUGUAAACCACCCCACAGUGGGAUAAUAGGCGAUGAAAAGCUACCUGAACUAUUAAUAUUACAC